CUCCCCCACUUGUCAACAUUUGUUUGUCCCAACAUUUCUCCCUCUCACAUUCACUCACUCUCUCAACUCAUCACCGCAUGCCCUCUACGUUAGAGCAAGGUCCCCGAAAGCGCCAGAACAGCGUACCAGACACUGAGGUAGAAGACGUACAAGCUAUAAUGAGGCGUUAUGAGGCGGCCCAGGCAGCCGAGCCCGACGACAGCCCCUACAAGCUGGCCAACUACAACAAGCGCCGCAAGCAACAGCAGUCUCGCCGCGCUCAUGACUACGUGGGGUCCCACUUAGACGACGAGCCUGACCUCGCUGCAUCAACCACCCCGCGUGCGUCUUCCUCCACCAAUAACUACGCGUCUUCCUCCACGGACCACCACACCCUUCCGUCCACCGCUACAGGCCCGAGCCAGUCAGCGAGCUCAUCGUUGCUCCACCGUAGACAGCACCAUGCUGAUGCGCCACCCGUACUUCGCACUCCGGCCGCAGCACCAACCGCUGCCUCAGAGAUUGCCUCAUCGAGGCCGAACCACUUCGCGUCCACGCCUUCCUCCUCACGCCUGCCUUCCUUCAGCCUGAACAACAUACCUAGACGUCUUCCUGUCAGCCCUCCGAAGGCGCCGCGAGCGCGCCGAGCCUUUGGCCUCGAGGCAGCCGCAGCGGCGGAAACUGAAGUGUUUGACCUUGAGGCUGCUGCGGCAGCGGAAUCCCGGAAGGACAAGCGUCAACAGUCCAGCCAGAGCGAGUCAACAGGCAUGGGCCAGCGAGCGGGUGUCGGCCGAGCCUCAUCUGCCACUCCCGCUCCCUUCGACAAGGGCAAGGGUAAGGGAACGGGCACGAGCAAGGACACGGCCAUUCUCCUUUCGUCUAGCGACACCGAGGACGCGGUGUCAGGCGACACGAGGCACGCCGCCCCAGAUAUUGUCAAGCCUGUGCCGCGCAGGUGGACCAAGCGUGAGCCGACCGAGGAGCCUCUCUUCCUCCCCGGGCCGAGGACCCCCAGUCUUCCCCCGACCCAGAACCGCGGCUCUCCCUCGCUUCACCACCGCCAGUCUUCCCCGCCUCCCCACCGCCGCCGGUCUUCCCCGCCACCACCCCUCUUCCCCAUCUCGCAGAAGAACAGGUACCGCACCCGAUCGCCCUCAGAGAGUGGCAGCAUUGGUGCAGGUGACGAGCAUGGUGCUGCCUCCGAGCUCUUUGGAGGUGAUGUCGGAGGCCACGACACAUCGAUGGAGCACAUGCUGCCUACCCGUCCGACAUCACCACACUCCGAGCUGUCCAAGGAAGACGCGGUCGAGCGCCUGUCGUCUCUUGAGGAUAUCGGGGCGAAGUUCCCCCUCAAGACAGUUCUCCCACUUCAAGGUUACGCCACCAAGACCCUUGCGUCUUAUGAGCCCAAGAUGGCAGCGUCAAAGUCUGCGUCUGCGUCCACGGCUACUUCGUCGAAGCCGACCACCGUCGCCAGUGCUGGUACCACUACUUCGCCCCCCUCGACGAGCACCCUCCAUCUUCCUUCGGCUACCCUUGCCGAGCGGCCCGCGCUACGCCACCUGUCGCAAGAGACUGCCUCGUCGGCAACCUCGUCGGAGCCCGUGUACGCUGUUCCCUCGCCGUAUCGUGACGCGGAGGGGCACCUCGCUUAUGUCAUCAAGGCGAUAACUCGAGACUUUCCUUCCUCCCUGCAGACCCAUCUACUGGGCCUUGUCCCGGAUAUCAUGGUCAAACAGCACGAGUGGAGCCAUGCCCGGCUGAGCAAGGUGUUCCACAAGCUCUUCGAGCCUGCCCGCCCGUUUGUGCUUGACGAGGAGGCUGCCGCCGUGCUUUUGGCCACGGUCACCGACUCUCAAACCUACUUGCCGCUCCGCCCAUGCUUUAAGUUUCGGGUCACGGAACGCAUCGCGGCAUAUCUCGUGCGGCGCCGGCUUCACUCUGCAGACACGGUAGAGCUGCCGUUCAUCUCGCGCGGCGUCAAGCCCAGCCGCUUCGCUGAUCUCGCCGAGACCAUCUUUCAGUUCCCACUCUACAUCGACGAGGAGAAGUCAGAGUGGCCUUGGCAGCCUACGGACCCUGGAGGCAAGCCUGUUGUCCACUGCGUCUUCCCAUCAGUGACGACGGUUAUUCUCCGCGAGACCUCAUUUGAACAUCUGUGCGACUACCCCGAGGACCUCGCCGGCUUCGUCUCGAUUGCUCGUCCAACCUCGAUCUGCUUCGAUGUUAAUCUCAAGGCUAUGAAUGAUGAGACAGUCGUCGGGGUCAGCGACACCAUCGCUGCAAUCGUGCAGUACGCGGGGCCAGAUGUGAAGGGCGUCUACUUCCACGAGGCCGACACAAUCUUCCCCAACGCAGGGGGGGCUCUCCACUAUUGGCUUUACUGCUCCCCGUCGUCAACCAACAACUAUAAGCCGACGGCACUGAUCAAGGGCCCGGACGGUCGCAAGGUACGCCCCGAUGACGCCUGGGCGCAGCAGUGGUCGCAGGUUGUUGUCGCAGACUUGGGCCGCUUUGCGCGGGACAAGGAUGACCACAAGAAGCGAGCCGCGAAGUCGACAUACGAGGUGGUGUAUCGCCGGCCUCGGGCGCCACCUGACCUCAUCACGGAGGCGCACUCCAAGAUGGGCCAGCACAUCAAGGGAGUUACGCGGGCGCUAUACACCCGUGACGGUGCCGACGACGUCGUGGAUGGCGAGGAGCUGAACGCGGGCAUGCUCGCGAUGCAGGCGGGUGCGAACGCGAAGAAGGUGUCGCUGGUGUCAUAUGGGCCGACCGAGAGGGUUCGGUGCCCUGGCUGCAGCCAGACGAUGAAGCGGGACGAGGUAGUGGGCCUCGGCCAGUUGUAG